AGCGUUGGAUCCCUUUUAAUUUGGAUGGAAUUAUCGCCGACCCUCCGGUAAAUACUCUACCCAUUUACCGGUCUACAUUUGCAUGCUCCUGAUGCCAUGUCCACAAUCGCAAGCUGGCAACUCCAAAAUACUGAGUUCACCGUGUCCAUAUAAUACCAUAGGUCGUCGCUCUGUAGGCACAAGGCUCCUGCGAUUUACAUGCAUUUUUGCUGCGGGACCGAAUUUUAACGCAACUUGGAAAGUUGAUAUCUAUCGGGAGUAUGUAACCCCGCCCAAAGUUCUCGUGAUACGUAUAAAGGAGAAAUGAUCUUAGAGAACUAUUUUCGACGUCUCUUUUUCUCCCCCCUCCUGUCAUUUCACCAUGCCUGCGAAAAUCUACACCUCACCCGACCCGUCUGUGCCUAUCGUGAGCCGAUCCAUUUUCACACAUCUCUUGGCCAUCGAUGGCGACCUUGUUGGAGGACACCCAGCUAGCCUACCGGCAUUCGUGGAUUCCGCGUCGGGAACAACAAUAACGCGUGCACAACUCAGGUCUCUUGCCCUUUCUCUGGGUUACGCCCUGCGGAAUCAUCCAAAGAUCGGCGCGAAGCGGGGGGAUGUUGUUCUUGUCUACUCCCAGAAUUCUCUAGCAUGGCCUGUUGUCGUCUUCGGGUCUAUAUCUGCUGGCCUACGUACAACUUUCGCGAAUAGCGCAUACACGAGUCGUGAAUUGGCUCACCAAUACACGGAUAGUCGUGCCAGCUAUGUCUUCACAACGGAGGAGGGCUUGCCUACAGUCAGGGAGAUGUUUAGGACCGUUGGUGUGGGAAGUGCCGGCGACGAGAAGAUCCUUCUAUUAAGUAGCAGUUUAGCCUGGGCCGGUGGACCCGAUACUCCGAGGGCCCCUCACACUGCGGGCUUACUACGGAUAGAUGAUUUACUGUCGCUCGGGAAGCUGAAGGAGGAAGACAAGUUCGAAGGUCAUCUUGCUCAAGAAACUGUUCUCUUGUGCUACAGCUCCGGAACUACAGGAAAACCCAAGGGUGUUGAGACGAAGCAUCAAAAUCUGACAUCUGUGGUUGAUAUGUCCAACUUGGCCCUAAAUUAUAUUGCCGGAGGGCCAAUCCUGGGUGUUCUUCCUUUCUAUCAUAUAUACGGUGCCGUCAAGUUGCUAUUGUUCCCCCUCAGGUGCGGUAGUCCGUGCAUUAUUCAGCCACGCUUCGACCCUGCGCAGUUUUGUGCCAACAUCGAACGGUAUAAAGUCAAACUUGCGUUGAUCGUCCCGCCGAUAAUGGUUGUCUUCGCCAGACAUGCGGCUGUUGAACAAUACGAUUUGACGUCUCUGAAAGUACUGAUUUCAGGUGCCGCACCUUUGGGAGCAGCACUGACGAAACAGGUCAAUGAUCGACUACAUGCAAGGAAUACAAACUGCGCCAUUGUACAAGGUUAUGGUCUGACCGAAACUUCUCCUAUGACGCAUCUACUUCCACCACAAGACGCCGAAAGGAAGAUGGGUAGCAUUGGCGUUCUCUUGCCGAAUCUUGAAGCCCGACUGGUCAACGAAGAUGUGGACGCGGCAGAAGGCCAACCCGGCGAACUCUGGAUACGGGGGCCUACUGUUAUGAAGGGUUACUUAAACAACGUCGAGGCAACCAAAGAAGCUAUCACACCAGACGGAUGGUUCAUGACUGGCGACGUCACCAUCCGCGAUAAGGAGGGAUUCUAUUUUAUUGUGGAUAGACGGAAAGAACUUAUCAAGUACAAGGGUUUCCAAGUUCCUCCGGCUGAGCUGGAAAGCGUACUAUUAAGCCACCCUGAUAUUGCAGAUGUGGCUGUAGUUGGAGUAUAUGAUGCAGAGGAAGCGACAGAACUACCGAGAGCCUAUGUAGUCCCCGCCAAACCUCAAAAUUUAAGUACCGAUAUCGAGAGGCAAACGUUCGCGCGGGAUGUAUCCUCAUGGAUACAGACCAAGGUGGCGAGACACAAAUUCUUGCGGGGCGGGGUCACUGUUAUCGACGUUGUGCCCAAGAGUGCGGCCGGAAAAAUCCUUCGCAGGGAGCUACGCGACCGUGCGAAGGCCGAGUUAGAGAGGAAGACUCCAAAGGCAAAGUUGUAAGAUCGUAUCAUAGUAGGAG